AUGAUAGCGAAAAAAUCCACUAGCGAAAAAAGAAGUUCAGCAAGACUGAGCCAAGCAAGGCGGACGGCGAUUGGAUCUAGCGGUUUAUUAGAGCAUCCACGUUCAGAUAAAACUCAUCCUGAGAUAUCUGAAGAAGCCGAAUGUGAAAAGUCUGUAUUUUACUUACAUAAUCCUGCAGUUCUGUUGGAUAAAUCUACCGCCAAAAAAUCGUGCUUGCAUUUGUACGGUAACCAUGAUGUUGUAGUUUAG